AUGAAGUCCUUCAUCGGCAUGGCGCUGCCGCUGCUGGCCUCGGCCUCGCCCAUGCUGCACGAGACGUCCAUCCACGGCGAUGCAGCUCCCAUCCUCUCCUCUGCAAACGCGCAGGAGAUCCCCGACAGCUACAUGAUCAAGUUCAAGAAGCAUGUCACUACCAACCUGGCCGCCCAGCACCACGACUGGGUCCAGGACCUCCACAUCAACACCCAGAAGGCCAAGGUGGAGCUGAAGAAGAGGUCGCAGACCCCAAUGCUUGACGACAUCUUCCACGGUCUCAAGCACACAUACAACUUUGCAGGUGGCUUUAUGGGAUACUCGGGUCACUUUGACGAAGACGUCAUUGAGGAGAUCCGUCGACACCCAGAUGUCGAGCUGAUCGAGAGAGAUCAAGAAGUCCAUACCCUCAGCAGUGAUGGUGAGCUCGAGAAGAACGCCCCAUGGGGUCUUGCUCGUAUCUCCCACCGCGACAGCUUAUCUUUCGGUACCUUCAACAAGUACCUCUACGCCGAGGACGGUGGCGAGGGUGUCGACGUCUACAUCAUCGAUACCGGCACUAACACUGACCACGUCGACUUUGAAGGUCGUGCUUCGUGGGGUAAGACCAUCCCAGCUGGCGAUGCUGAUGAGGAUGGCAAUGGACACGGAACACACUGCUCUGGCACUGUUGCUGGCAAGAAGUACGGCGUCGCCAAGAAGGCCCACAUCAAGGCCGUCAAGGUCCUGCGCUCUAACGGUUCUGGCUCCAUGUCUGAUGUCGUCAAGGGUGUCGAGUACGCCGCCGAGUCUCACAGCGAGCAGGUCUCUAUCGCUAAGAAGGGUAAGAGAAAGGGCUUCCGUGGCUCUGCCGCCAACAUGAGCUUGGGUGGUGGCAAGUCUUCUCUGCUUGACCAGGCAGUCAACGCGGCCGUUGAUGCUGGUAUCCACUUCGCUGUCGCUGCUGGCAACGACAACGCCGACUCCUGCAACUACUCCCCAGCCGCCGCUGAGAACGCCGUCACUGUUGGUGCCUCCACCCUCGCUGACGAGCGUGCCUACUUCUCCAACUACGGCAAGUGCAACGACAUCUUCGCCCCAGGUCUCAACAUUCAGUCCACCUGGAUCGGCAGCAAGUACGCCGUCAACACCAUCUCCGGUACCUCCAUGGCUUCCCCACACAUUGCUGGUCUCCUCGCCUACCUGCUCUCUCUCCAGCCAGCCAAGGACUCCGCCUACGCUGUCGCUGACAUUACCCCAAAGAAGCUCAAGGCCAACCUCAUCUCCAUCGCCACUGAGGGUGUCCUCACCGACGUCCCAAGCAACACUGCCAACAUCCUCGCAUGGAACGGUGGUGGCUCGUCCAACUACUCUUCCAUCAUUGAGAAGGGUGGCUUCGAGGCCAAGGUCAAGGCCACUCCCAUCGACGUCGUCGAGAAGGUUGGCGAGACGGCCAGCGAGGUCGCCCAGUCUCUUGAGGAGCUUGAGGAGAAGCUCGAGAACGACAUCAAGGACUUCUUGAAGACUGUCAAGUCUGAGUUCUAA